AUGUACUACUCCGAUACUUUAUUUGUCUGGCCUGGUCGAGACCUUCUGUCUUUUGAGGGCAAUGUAAACAAGGUGUUGGGGUUGGAAGUGGGUUUGGUGGCGGGUUUGGAGGAAAACAGGGCGGACUUAAAGAUGGAUUGCAGAGGCAAUGGGGCGGGCGUUGAGACUUCAGCGGCAAGAGGCGAAAAUCAAAUGGGCAUAGGAGAAGCUGAGCCCAGCGCGAAGAAGUUGCACGCUGAUGCUGAGCGUGACAUGCACUCUUCAGCGAGCGGCCACGUGUCCAUCAGCGUGCAUCAGCUGGUAACUAGGGAGGGGACAAUUCGUGUCAGGAGCGAAGACGCCGCUCCGGCAGCAGAGACGCACUAUGUGAUGUUGAUCCAUGGAACUUUCUCGCGCCCUGACUUUAAGGGGAAACCAAAUUGGUUCUGGCCUGACCCGGACAAAGGUAACAAGGACAAUUUUGCGAAUCAUUUGGCGGAGUUGCUUGGGGGGGGGGAGCUUGGAGAGGAGUCGGUAUGGAGAACGCUGCUCGAGCCUGAGCUGCUCCCCAGCCGACUGAGGUACCCGUUCUAUUGGGACGGGAGUAAUACGGACCAGGGGCGGAAGGAGGGCGCGUGGUACCUGGCAAGACUGAUCCGCCACGUUGCCAACAAGGACCCCUCCGCUCGAGUCCACCUCGUCUGCCAUUCACACGGAGGAAACGUCGCACUCAAGGCCAUCGAGCAGUACAUCGAGAAGCUGGAGUCGUCGAGCUGCGAGGCGGAUUGCCCGGAGACAGUGCGCGCGCGUUUUCAAGAGGCGCACAAACCGCGUGCGGACGAGAUCGCGCACUGGCGGCGGGUCGAGGACGUGUCGUGGUGGGCGGCACUGAACCCGUUCCUGGUCGUCAAGCGAGGGCGCAAAGGCGAGAGUGGCGCGGAGGAGCGGUACUCGUGGGGCUACCACCGGGUGACGGACGCGGCGUUGGGCUUGGGGAAGCGGAGAAAGAAACGGUACCUCGCUAACAGGCGCAUGACGUCACCGGUGACCAACGCCCUCGGCAAGGUCGUCUUCCUGGGCACGCCCUUCUACUACAAGGAGUGGGCGCGAUACGCUAUCCCCAAGAUCCUUCUCUCGCUCUUCCUCUCGUUCGUCGGCGGCUUCUGUCUCGUCUGGCUCGGAGUCGGCAUCCGCAAUUUCGCCAGCAAGGACGAGCUGACGUCAUCGCAGCGGCGGAUCGUGGUCUACGUGGCGAUCGGAGUGGCGGCGCUGCUGUUUCUAACGAACCUGGCGUCGUUCGCCGGGAAGACGCUAUUCCGGAGCGGCAACAUGUACCACUCCAACAAGGUCCCGUGGUCCCCCGCGCAGCACGCCCUGGUGAUCAAGGCCGGCAAGCUGGACGAGGCCGCGCUCGCACUGUGCGCGGAGCCGGCCGCGCGCGCGUUCCUCCUCCCCAUGGUCAAGCAGGCCACCGCCCACAUCGGCUUCGUCGCCUUCCCGCCGCGGCCGCGCCACGGCGCGCGCGCGGCCGCGUGGGCGCUCUAUGUCGUGGAGUGCCUCCACGCGGUCUUGUUGAACGUCAUCCUGCUCCUGCCACGUGUCCUUGUCUGGCUGGCCAGCAAGCUGAUCGUGAAGAGCGCGUUCGCCAUGGUGCGUGACGUCAUCGUCUCGAUCUCGUUUGGGCUCGACGCGGCCGACCUGAAGAACGCGAACGUGUACGUGGAAGAGACGCUGGUUCUCGGGGGAUGCCCCCGGGACAUCCGCACGUGGGACGUUCGCAAGCUGCUGGCGCGAGCGGAGCUCGGGGCGGCGUCCCGGGCGUUCAGCGAGGGGGUGGCCGCGGCCGGCUCAGGGGAGUGCGCGGCGCGUGCGCGCGCGCAGUUCGAGGGCGCGGACGAAAUACGAAGCGUCAACGGCAAACAUGAGAGCAUCAUGAAACGGGGAAAGUCAGGCGGUUCCGGAAAGAGUGAGGCGUUCGACGUGGAAGCCGGGAACUCUGCCACGUCAGAGGGGUAUCCCUCCCUGGAGCGGGAGGCGUCCGUGUCCGUGUCCGAGAGCGCGUACACGUUCCUGUGGGACGACGACGAGCUGCGCGCGCGCUCGGACGCGUCCGUGAUGUUCGCGCGGCUGCGCGCGCAGAUGCCGCGCAUCGACCACUCGCCGCGGCUGACGCCGCGCGAGUUCGCGCGCGAGGUGCGCAGCAUUUGCUGCGUGUUCGAGGCGCGCUUCCACGAGGUCCGCAAUCAUUUGCAGCUGGCGCAUGCGACGUAUUACCAGAACCCGGUGAUCGUCGGCGCUAUGGUGCGCUUUCUAAACACCGCGGAGGCGCCCCCCGAAGCGCAGGAGUGUAAAGCAUGA